AAGCAAGAAAAGCAAAGCCAGCUAAUUUUCCCAUCUCUAUAAGCCUUUUUUUUUUUUUUUUUUUUUUUUUUCCAUACCAAAAAAAAAAAUAAAAAAAUGGGUUCUAUUGUAUCCGAAAACCCUCAUUUGGUUUGCAUUCCAUUCCCAGCACAAGGCCAUGUUAACCCAUUCAUGCAAAUGGCUAAGCUUCUUCAUGCCAGAGGCUUUUUCAUAACCUUUGUUUACACUGAGUUUAACCAUAGCCGUUUGCUCCGAUCAAAAGGACCAGAGGCUGUGAAAAACUCACCCGGUUUCCGAUUCGAAACGAUUCCCGACGGUGUUCCACCGUCGAACCCGGAUGCCACUCAGAGUGUGACCGAGCUUCUGUAUUAUACUCAGAAACACUCUGUGGCUCCUCUGAGAGAUCUGAUUAAAAGACUGAAUGCCACUGAGGGUAUUCCUCCUGUUGGAUGUAUAAUCUCUGAUGGGAUUAUGUGUUUUUCCAUCAAAGUUGCCAGAGAACUUAAGAUUCCUGAAGUUCAGUUUUGGACUGCUUCAACUUGUGGUCUCAUGGCCUAUCUUCAGUUUGGUGACCUUGUCCAAAAAGGAAUUUACCCAUUAAAAGACGAGAGUUUACUCACAAACGGGUAUAUGAAAACACCAUUGGAAUGGAUACCAGGAAUGAAACACAUGAGACUCAAAGACAUGCCGAGCUUCGUCCGGAGCACAGAUCCCAAAGACAUAGCCUUCAACAGGUGGCUGGAAGAGGCUCAGGACAAUCUGAAAUCCGACGCCAUCGUCAUCAACACGUUCGAGGAUUUCGAAUCCGAAGUCCUUGAAGCACUGGCUUCCAUGUUCCCCAACAUCUACAGCAUAGGUCCACUCUCAUUGCAGGUCAAAAGCUUACCCAAAAACAUCGACAGCGACGCGAAAAUGCCAAGUUUGUGGAAGGAAAACACUGAGUGCCUCGCUUGGCUGGACAAGCAAAAACCAGAUUCCACAGUUUACAUAAACUUCGGCAGCAUCGCGAUGAUGACGGAGGAUAACCUGAAAGAGUUCGCUUGGGGACUCGCUAAUAGUGGCCAUCCAUUCUUGUGGAUACUCCGAAACGAUGUCGUUCAAGGGAGCUCCGCCGUUUUGCCUCUCGAGUUCUUGGAGGAGACAAAAGAUCGGGGUUUGAUAGUGAAUUGGGUCCCACAAGAGAAGGUUCUGAAACACCCUUCCGUUGGAGCUUUUCUGACUCACAGCGGUUGGAAUUCGACUCUCGAAGGCAUCUGCGGCGGGGUUCCGAUGAUCUGCUGGCCGUUUUUCGCCGAACAGCAGGUGAACUGCAGGUACGCUUGCACCACAUGGGGGAUAGGUUUGGAGAUAAACAGCGUCGUAAAGAGGGAGGAGGUUUGUCGUCUUGUUAAGGAAAUGAUGGAGGAAGAGACUGGGAAGAUUAUGAGGAAGAAAGCUAAAGAGUGGAAGAGAAAAGCAGAUGAAGCUGUGGGUGAAGGUGGUUCUGCUUGUAAGGAUUUUAAUCAUUUAGUUAUGGAGCUUCAGAGGCUGUCGUUUAAUGGCCGAUGAAAAAACAGCCUUGGUUUAUUUAUAAUUUAGAAAAAUAUAAUAAUAAUAUAAUAAUAACGAUGAUGAUGACGACGAUGAUGAUGCAAGGCACUUGCUAUAAUAAUGCUGCGUGCAUAGCUUAAGAAAAUUAUUGUAUUAUGCUAUGUGUGCAGUGUAUAAAAAUUAAGAAAAUUAAUAUAUAUAGCAGUGUAUAUGAAAAUCUUUAUGGCUCAUAUAAUAUAAAGUCAUAUGAUUUUCAAGAAUAAUGUAAACUCUAUUUUGAUGGAAAUGAAUUAAUAGAUUUGAUUA